GUUGCUUACAUGCCUAAUGCAUUCAUAUAAUUGACAAAAAAGAGAUUUGCCAUCAAUGGAGUCCUUUGUAACUCUUCUUUUCCUCUUGUUCUCUCUUGCUUUGCUUUCUGUUUUCUGGCUCUUGCCUUCUGCUAGUUUGAGAAGGUUGAAGAGUAAUGGUUUUCUUGGCCCUUCUCCCAACUUUCCCUUUGGAAAUCUCAUGGAGAUGAGACAAACUAGCAAAACUUCUUCUUCUUCUUCUUCUUCUUCUUCUACUACUACUACUACUACUACUACUAUUGGGAACCAUGAUAUACAUUCAGUGGUGCUCCCUUACUUUGCUAGAUGGAAAAAACUCUAUGGUUUUUUUGUUUAUUGGUUGGGAACAGAACCAUUUUUGUAUGUGGCUGAACCAGAGUUUCUCAAACAAAUAGUUUCUGGUGUACUGAGCAAGAGCUGGGGAAAACCUAGUGUGUUCAGACAAGACAGAAGACCAAUGUUUGGGAAUGGGUUAGUCAUGGUUGAUGGUGAUUAUUGGCAACACCAUAGGCACAUCAUCACACCAGCUUUCUCUCCUGCCAAUCUCAACGGAAUGGUCAGUUUAAUGGUUGAAUCAACAACAAGCAUGAUUGAUGAAUGGAGUAAGAGAGUAAGAAGCGGUGAGAGUGAAAUAGAUGUGGAGAAAUACAUCAUAAGGAACGCAGCUGAAAUCAUAGCAAAGACAAGCUUUGGAAUAAGCGAAGAUGAAGGAAAGAUAGUGUUUGAGAAGUUGCAAGCCAUGCAGACCAUGCUCUUCAAGUCACAAAGGUUUGUAGGAGUCCCAUUCAGCAAACUCUUAUCCCCCAUGAAAUCCUAUGAAGCAUGGAAGCUGGGAAAAGAGAUAGACCAUCUUCUCCUCUCCAUUAUAAAAUCAAGAAAGGAGAAUGAGUUAGCCAAUGGUACAAGUACUGCUCAUCAAGAUUUGCUUGGGAUUCUUCUCGCCCGAAACCAAGAAAACACAGGCCGGGAAAGAAAGCUCACCGCUAGGGAGCUCGUCGAUGAAUGCAAGACCUUCUUCUUUGGUGGCCAUGAAACCACUGCUCUUGCUCUCACUUGGACCUUGUUUCUCUUGGCUUUGUAUCCUCAGUGGCAAGAUAUUCUCAGAGAUGAGAUCAUAGAGGUCUUCAAUGGUGAUCAUCACUCUUUAGACUCCACCAUUCUGUCGAAACUAACAAAGAUGGGAUGGGUGUUGAAUGAAGUACUGAGGUUGUACUCACCAGCACCAAAUGUGACAAGGCAAGCAAUAAAAGACAUAAAGGUGGGAAACAAGAUGGUGAUUCCAAAGGGAACAAACAUGUGGAUUGAUGUUGUGGCAAUGCACCAUGAUGAAGAACUUUGGGGAGAUGAUGUGAAUGAGUUUAGGCCAGAGAGGUUCAAGGAGAGUAACAAUGGAGGGUGCAAGCACAGGAUGGGGUACUUGCCAUUUGGGUUUGGAGGGAGGUUGUGUGUGGGAAGGAACCUUACCAUGAUGGAGUAUAAGAUUGUUUUGACCUUAUUAUUGAGCAAGUUCUCAUUCAAAGUUUCUCCAUCUUACUUGCAUUGUCCUAGGUAUAUGCUGUCACUUAGGCCUUCUCAUGGUGUGCCUCUAAUUCUUGAGCCAAUCCAGUGAUGCAUGUAUUUUUUAUCCAUUUCAAUAUAUUCACUCGUGUAUGUUUGUGUUAA